CGCGACGAUCCUGCCACGACCACCAAACUACAAGACUGUCUGGUACAGACUUGGCCCAUCGCAUAGGCCGUCACGAUGACCUCGGAACCGGUAUUCGUUCUCCCAGGGGACGAAAUAGAUGCGUCACUUGUCCCGUCGCACCCGAAGAAGCCCCUCCGAUUAGGGCCCGGCUUGCGCCAUGUGCCUCCCAACGACAUCCUCCCGACGCUGGCUGGCCAGCUCGUGACGGACAGGCAAAAGAAUGCGAUUCGCGUCGAGACAUCGGGCGGACGAUAUGUCCCACGCGUUGGAGAGCUCGUCAUCGGCACCGUAAACAAGAGCGCCGCGGAAGUCUACUAUGUAUUCCUAUCCGACUACACAGCCCCCGUUCUACUCCCACAACUAUCCUUUGAAUCCGCGACGAGGAAAACGCGCCCAAUGCUAGCCCCCGGGGCCCUCGUCUACGCCCGCGUGAGCCUCGCCAACAAGCACAUGGAUGCCGAGAUUGAAUGCGUCUCUGCCACGACGGGCAAGUCGGAGGGCUUGGGUCCGCUAAACGGCGGCAUGCUCUUUGACAUUUCGCUCGGAAUGUCGCGGAGGCUCAUGAUGCCGGAAACAGCCCGGGAUGGCAAGGUGGUGGUGCUGGAUGAAUUCGCCAAGCUUGGUUUUCAAUUCGAGACGGCCACGGGUCGGAAUGGCAAAUUUUGGGUCGACAGCGAGAAUGUAAAGACCGUCAUUGCGGUGGGCAGAGCCAUCUGUGAGACGGAUGAGAAGAGACUCGACGUGGAGGAUCAGAAAAAAUUAGUCAAGAGGUUAAUAAAGGAUCUCAGCUGAGAUUUCUCGCUGGCUGCUCAC